UUUUCGGCAUUUUGUUUUGUAUAACCCUAGGCUAAGGUGUUCUCAUUCUUCCCUUCAGAGACCACAAGUCCUCCCUCAGUUAGUUCAAGUCUUCUUCUCCGUCAUCUUUCUCUGGUUCGUGGUUCUCUGGCAUCGUCUGGGGCCAGUCAGAACGGUCCGCGUCUGUCAAGAUGGGAGCAGACUCCCUUUCGGGCGGUUCUGCCGACAAUUCCGACUCCGUUGUGAGGAAGAAUCAAUUCCGAGGCGUGCUAUUCAAGUACGGCCCCAAACCUAUUCAGGUAGCAUUUAAAACAGGUGAUCAUCGACAUCAAGUCAUUUUUAUUGGUGGACUGUCUGAUGGUUUUCUGGCACAGAAUACUUGGAACCUCUUGCAAUUGCAUUGGACAAAGAGAAAUGGUCACUUGUUCAACCACUCUUGUCAUCUUCAUACAUUGGAUAUGACACUUCCAGCUUGAAACAAGUAACUAUUCAACCAAUCCCUUGCUUUAUUUUAUAGGUUCUUGAUUCGUGCACCGUUUCCUGUGUUUUUUGUAGAGUACGGUAAACAACAUAUCCUUGCAAGUUGCAAGACAGUUAGUUUUACUUGUAUUGUAUCUAUAUGUUUUAAGUAUCCAUGGUGACUGGCCUGGACUUUUCAUCAAGUUUAGUUUGUUACAUGUUUAAGCUUUCUGUUAGGUUUGUGUUGAUUGCAUUUAGACUUGAGCAUCUGAAGUUAAUGAGAGCACUCAUCGUGUCACUUUUUGAUGGAUUUAAUUAGAAUACUAUGUUUUUGGUUCUGACUCUAGGAUAUUGUACAUUACAUGCGCACAAAUGCUGCUUGCUUCCCGAGCGGUCCGUGCUGCCAUUCUUCAGGUAGUACCCUUUCCAUACUCUGGUUCUACUAUAUUGAAAUGAAAAUUUGAAUGUGAACAAAUUCAAGAUGCUAGACGUGAAGCACCUUGUUCAGAAUUAAGGUGUUUAAGAUUAUCAUCUUGCCAUUUGGGUGCAAGUUGGCUCCCUUGUUUACUUGUCAAUUCCACCAAAUGUUCAGUUAUAAAUUGUAGGUGAUUGAUGUUCUGUUGAGAUCCUGGAUCAAAAGCUUGGUUGUCGUCAUGGCAAGGUUUUUCCGGGAUAUGGGAAAGAUGCGGGUUUCUGAGACGGGUGUCUCCUCUUCCAGACCGACCACAAUGAUAGGUCAUUGCCCUAACGGAGGAAGUGGAAACCCUAAAAGAUAAGAUUGCGGCCCAUGAAGCAGCCCGGGAUACCCGGGAAGCAAAUGAGGGCCCAGGGUGAGCAAAUGAGUAUGAUUGUAUGGGCCUUAGCGAUGUCCGGUCUCCAAAUCCCGAUGCCAGCAUCUGAUCUUGCUCCACCUUUGACCUUGUAGCCGCUUCACCUAGCCGAUACCCAGUAGUUUGAUGUAUCAAACCUAGAAGACUACAUAUUGUAGUCUUUUUCUUUUUUUGUUCGGACAUCUUGUAUGUACAUUUUCAUAUAGUUUAUAAUUAAAUAAAUUUUCUUGGUUUA